CCCCGUGACGACGCUUUCACAUCGGAAUCGCGGGUUUACCCGCACUAAUCCACCCCGAUUCCUCCAUUCCUGGCUCCAAAUCCACCACCACCUUUCUCCGAAGGAGAAUCCGUCGCUGUCCGGCUCGGCUUUAAUCCCUCACCCCCGUUCCUAAUCCUACCACCCGCCGCCACCUUCCCCCACCUUUAGCCUGCCCGCCUCCCUUUUGGGAAGGAAAGGAAUGCCGCACGCAGCCGCGGUGGUGCGCUGGUGGUGCUGACGACGACCCGAUCCGGCACGUUGGUGCUGGCGAGCUCGCGCCGCGCACCCAGAUUAUUCGCCAUUUCUUUUUCCUGUUAAUGAGAGUCGCGCCUGGCUGGCCCUGCCUGCCUGCCUGUGCUCCCCCCUCUCCCCUCUCCUUGUCGCGCUGUGCCUGUGCUCCCCCUCCUCCUCGCGUCGCCCUCCGCCCCCGCCCAAGCGCGUCGCCGCCGCCGACGCCGCGCGCCCCGAGCCGGAUCGCGAGGCGAUCGGCGACCGGGCCGAGGGGAGGAGAUCGCCCGUCGGCGCCGCCACCGCCGCCGAGCCGCGUCUCCUCCCGUCCGAUCGUGCUCGUGCCUGCCCGCAACACCUCUUGCCGCGCGCCGAUUCUCUCCAUACGGCUGCCUCGACUGCCCCAGAUGAUACAUGGCUCCCGUGUUAAACAUUGUUAUAGGCUCUCAUGUAUGGGUGGCAGACAAAGAUUUAACUUGGAUUGAUGGGGAGGUCUUCAAAAUUGAUGGUCAAAAUGCUCAUGUUCGCACAACCAAGGGAAAGACGGUUACUGCAAAUGUAUCAGAUAUACAUCCUAAAGACACAGAAGCACCACCUGAUGGAGUCGAUGACAUGACAAGGUUAUCAUACUUGCAUGAGCCCGGUGUUCUGGAUAAUUUGGCUGUCAGAUAUGCAAAAAAUAUAAUAUAUACCUAUACGGGGAACAUUCUGAUUGCCAUAAAUCCAUUCCAAAGGUUGCCUAAUCUCGUUGACGUCCAGACUAUGGAAAAAUACAAAGGUGCAAAUCUUGGAGAUUUAGAUCCUCAUGUAUUUGCAAUAGCUGAUGUCUCUUACAGGCAAAUGAUGAAUGAAGGAAAGAGUAAUUCCAUUUUGGUCAGUGGUGAAAGUGGUGCUGGAAAGACUGAGACUACAAAAUUGUUGAUGAGAUAUCUCGCAUUUUUGGGUGGUCGGUCUGGAACAGGAGGAAGGACGGUUGAACAACAGGUUUUGGAAUCUAACCCAGUCCUUGAAGCUUUUGGGAAUGCGAAAACUGUUCGGAACAAUAAUUCAAGUCGAUUUGGCAAGUUUGUGGAGCUCCAAUUCGACAAGAGCGGGAAGAUAUCUGGUGCUGCUAUUAGAACUUACUUGCUCGAGAGAUCUCGGGUCUGCCAAACUAGUAGUCCAGAGAGAAACUACCAUUGCUUUUAUUUCCUUUGUUCAGCACCGUCAGAGGAUAUUAAAAAAUAUAAGCUGGGGGACCCAUCUUCAUUUCACUACCUUAACCAGUCAUCUUGCAUCAGAGUUGAUGGAAUCAAUGAUGCUGAAGAGUAUCUUGCGACAAGAAAUGCUAUGGAUAUGGUUGGCAUCACUGAGGAAGAACAGGAAGCUAUAUUCCGGGUUGUUGCUGCUGUGCUUCAUCUUGGUAAUAUUAGUUUUGCGAAAGGGACAGAGGCAGAUUCAUCUGUAAUAAAGGAUGCCAAAUCAAGAUUCCAUCUCAAUACAGCAGGAGAGCUCUUGAUGUGUGACUGUGAAAAAUUGGAGAAUGCCUUGAUAAAGAGGGAAAUAAAUACGCCAGAAGGAGUUAUUACUACUACAGUUGGUCCUAAUUCUGCUACUGUUAGCAGGGAUGGCUUUGCAAAACAAAUAUACUCUCGACUAUUUGACUGGCUUGUAAAUAGAAUAAAUGCAUCAAUCGGGCAAGAUCCAAGCUCAGACAAAUUGAUUGGGGUACUUGAUAUAUAUGGCUUUGAAAGUUUUAAGACUAAUAGUUUUGAACAAUUAUGCAUCAACUUCACGAACGAAAAACUCCAGCAACAUUUUAACCAGAAUGUAUUCAAAAUGGAGCAGGAGGAGUACACAAGGGAGCAGAUUAACUGGAGUUACAUAGAGUUUGUUGACAACCAAGAUGUUCUUGAUUUGAUUGAGAAGAAACCAGGUGGCAUUAUUGCACUUCUUGAUGAAGCUUGCAUGUUUCCAAAGUCGACACACGAGACAUUAUCUCAGAAGCUGUAUGAAAAGUUCAAGAAUCACAAAAGAUUUGCUAAACCGAAACUUUCUCGUACUGCAUUUACAAUCCAACAUUAUGCUGGAGAUGUGAUAUAUCAAUCUGAUCAUUUCCUGGACAAAAACAAAGAUUAUGUGGUAGCAGAACACCAGGAAUUACUUAAUGCUUCCAGGUGCUCUUUUGUAUCAGUUUUAUUCCCACCAGCACCAGAAGAGAACACAAAAUCAUCAAAGUCAUCCUCAAUUGCUACUCGCUUCAAGAUGCAACUUCAUGAACUCAUGGAGACUUUAAGCUCUACAGAACCUCACUACAUUAGAUGUGUAAAACCAAAUAGUGUUCUUAAGCCUGCUAUUUUUGAGAACACCAACGUUCUACAGCAACUUAGAUGCUCGGGUGUUCUAGAAGCAAUUAGAAUCAGCUGCGCUGGAUAUCCUACAAGAAAACUGUUUCAUGAUUUUUUACAUCGUUUUCGCAUUCUUGCUCCUGAAAUUCUAAAAGAGAAUAGAAAUGAUGAAAAGACGACUUGCCAAAAGGUUUUGGACAAAAUCGGACUGGAGGGCUAUCAGAUAGGAAGAACUAAGGUAUUCCUUAGAGCUGGCCAAAUGGCUGAAUUGGAUGCUAGAAGAACAGAGGUGCGAAAUACUGCAGCAAGAGGUGUUCAGAGUCAGUUACGUACUCAUGUUGCUCGUGAGCAGUUCCUAAUACUGCGCAAUGCAUCUGUUUGUUUGCAAUCCUUUGUCAGAGCAAGAUUGGCUUGUAAACUGCAUGGAUUCUUGAGACAACAAGCAGCAGUGCUGAAAAUACAGAAAAAUAUACGCCGUUAUUUUGCACGGAGAACUUAUUCUCAGCUAUGCCUGUCAGCCAUUACAUUGCAGACAGGGUUAAGGACCAUGGCAGCUCGCAAUGAAUUCAAUUCUAGAAAUCAGGACAAAGCUUCUAUCCAUAUCCAGUCCCGUUGGCGUCGCCACAGAGAUAACUUAAGUUAUAUAAAGUUAAAGAGAGCAGCAUUGACCUACCAAUGUGCUUGGAGAGGAAGGGUUGCCAGAAGGGAACUGCGGCAGCUCAAAAUGGCUGCAAGAGAUACUCAAGCUCUAAAGGUGGCAAAGGAGAAACUGGAGGAACGUGUGGAAGAGCUAAUGAGCCGCUUGAGCUUGGAAAAGAAACUAAGGACUGAUCUGGAGAAGUCCAAAGCAACAGAAAUUUCUAAACUGCAGUCUGCUCUUCAUGACAUGGAACAGCGAGUGGAAGAAGCUGCCGCAAUGAAGGAAAACGAAUCAGCUAAAAAAGCUGUUGAAGAAGCUCUAGCUCAAGAAAGAGAAAAGAUCAGUUCAUUGACUUCUGAAAUUGAGGGCCUGAAGGUGCUACUAGUAGCAGAGCGAGAGGAAAAUGAUGUAACAAAGAAAGCACACGCGAAUUCCCAGGAAAGAAAUGAAGAACUGAAUAGGAAAGUCCAGGAUGCAGAUGAAAUGAUCAAGCAGCUUAAUGAUAUCGUGAAGAGACUAGAAGAGACUGUAAGAGAAGGAGAGGCCCUUUUGCUAACAGAGAAGCAGCAAAAGGAAGAAGCUAGUGCCGCACUAGCUGAAUCUCACCUACGAGAUCAAGCUUUUGCGAUCAAAAUUGAAGAGGCUGAGAAACAAAUCACUCUGCUCCAGGAAAAUGUUGAAAGAUUCGAAUAUAGCAUGGCAGAUCUGCAGUCUUCACUGACAAUUGAGAAGCAACAACAUGAGGCAAGUGUGGUAGAACUAGCUGAAGCACAAGGUAAAAUUGAGGAACUUCUGAGAGAAGUUGGGGACGCUGAUGAAAAGUCUACUCUGCUUGAGACUACUGUGCAAAGGCUUGAAGAAAGAUUAACCGAGAAUGAUGCUCUAUCAACUACAGAAAGACAAGAAAAUGAAGCAACUAAGAAAUUACUCAAUGAAGUUCAGGGUAAAAAUGAGGAAUUACUGAAGAAACUUGAAGAUGCUGGAAAAAAUAUUGUUCAUUAUCAAGACACCACCCAAAGACUCGAGGAAAAUGUAGCGGCAGUGGAGGUUUCCUUGAAAGAUGAAAGGCAGCAAAAUGAUGUGAUCAUGAAACAACUAGCAGAUGCCCAGGUAGAAAUUGUGGAGCUACAGAGGAACCUUGAAGGUGCUGAUAAGAGAAACAGUCUGCUUCAAGAUUCUUUACAGAGACUUGAUGAAGAAUCUACCGCAAGAGAUGCUUUAUUGGUAGCUGAAAAGCAAGAAAAAGAGGUGACCAAAAAGACACUAACUGAAGCUCUGGAUCGAAUCGAGGAACUAGUUAAAGAACUUGAGUGUGCUAACAACAGUAUGCAUCAGCUUCAAGAUAGUAUACAAAGACUUGAACAAAGUGCGUCUGCAAGAGAGGCAGUUUUACUAACAGAGCAUCAGGAGAAAGAUGCGAAAUCUAAAGCACUAGCAGAGGCAGAAGCGAGGAUUGAUGGUUUGCUGGAGGAAAUUUCUUCUGCUAAUAUAAAUAUUGAUCUACUUCAAAAAACUAUGAAAAGGUUAGAAGAGGGUGCAACAACAACAGAUGCUCUUUAUUUAGAAGAAAAGCACGCACACGAUCAAACCAAGAAAGUGUUCUCAGAAGCUCAAGAAGUAAAUCAGGAGUUGCUUAGGAAAGUUGAAGAAGCUGAUAAAAACAUUGGUCAUCUUCUAGAGAAUGUGGAAAGACUUGAAAAAGAUGCAAUGACAAGAGAGUCUUUGCUUCUUAAAACAAAGCAAAGUUACGAUGACACCAUAACUGAGCUAUUUGAAGCUCAGGAGACAAAUCAACAGUUAACGAGCAAAAUAGAGGACUCGGAUAACAAAAUCGGUCUGCUUGAAGUUUCGGUGAAAAGACUUGAAGAAAGUACAUCGGUCAUGGAUUCUCAAUUGGCAAUAGAAAGACAUGAAAACAGCAAAUUAAGGAGCGAACUAUCUGAUGCUCGCCUAAGGAUCGAUGAAUUACUAAAUGAAGCGCAAGAUAACCAUGCAAGUCUAGCAGAGCGUGAUGAUAUGAUAAAGAGGCUUGAAGAAAAUGUCAGCACAAAGGAGACUUUGUUGCUAACUGAAAGAGAACAAAAUGCUUCAACCUCAAAACUGCUUGCAGAAGAACAGUUGAAAAUUGCUGAAUUAAUAAAGAAUAUUGAAGAGGCACAUAGAAAAUCUGACAGCCUUCAGACUACAAUAGAAAGGCUUGAAGAAGAUGGCACUGCCAAAGAUGUCUUGCUGCUAACAGAAAAGCAAGCACAUGAGGCAACUCGGAAAACUCUAGUUGAAGCUCAGGAAAGAAAUGAAGAAUUGCUCAAGAAAAUUCACGAUGAUGAUAAAAAUAUUCUUCAGCUUCAAUUUACUAUACAGAGGCUUGAAGAAAAUACAGCUACAAAGGAGAAUUUGUUGUUGAGAGAAAGAGAACAAAAUGAUGCAACAACGAAGUCGCAAAUUGAGAGCCAAGAAAGAAGUGAAGAGUUACUAAAGAAAUUUGUGGAUGUUGACAGGAAAAUUGAUCUUCUUCAAGAUAGCAUAGAAAGGCUUGGAGAAAGUUCAACAACAAAGGAUGCUUUGUUACUAUCUGAGAGACAAGAGAAGGAUGCAAUGAAGAAAGAACUUGCUGAAGCUGGAGAGAAAAAUGGAGAGUUACUAAUGAAAAUUGAAGACACUAAUGAAAAAAUUGAACAUCUUCAGAAUACCAUAAUUAAGCUUGAGGAAGAUAUAGCAGCAAAAGAUGUUUCGUUAGAAGCUGCACGGCAAGAAAAUGACUCAAUCAGAAAAUCUCUUACUGAAGCUCAAGAAAGAAAUGAGGAAUUACUCAGAAAAAUUAGUGAUAAUGAGUACCGGAUCCACUUACUUCAAGACACAGUGCAAAAGAUUCAAGUAGAUGCAAUAUCAAGAUUGUCUUCGUUUGUGAUGGAAAAACAAGACAGUGAUGUUGCCAAGAGAGCUCUUACUGAAGCUCAGGAAAGAAACGAGGAUUUAUUGAAGAGAAAUGAAGACCUCCUUAACAGGAAUAAUGAUUUGGUUAAAAAAAUUGAGGAGUCAGGCAAAGUUAUAACUCACCUUCAGGAGUCCCUACAAAGAAUUGAAGGAAAAGCAGCCAACUUAGAGGCUGAUAAUCAUGUUCUCCGUCAGCAAGCAGCUGCUACUCCACCUUCUACUGCCAAAUCUCCACCCUCACGUUCAAAGAUCACAAGGAUUCAUAGAAGCCCAGAGAAUGGGCAUGUUUUGAACGGUGAACUAAGGCAGGCUGAGAUGAGGCCAUCAGCUGGCAUGCCAGAAGCAACACCCCCAAUAGGCAAUGCUCCCAACUCGAGUAAUCAAAAAGACUUUGAACACGGAGAAAAACUGCAAAGAGUGCUUAAUCAGAAACAUCAGCCCCAGCAGCCCCAAGAUGACCAGCAGUGGUUACUUACUUGCAUUCCACAAUAUCUCGGAUUUUCUGGGAGCAAGCCUGUUGCCACUCUUCUUAUAUACCAGUGUCUUCUUCACUGGAGAUCAUUUGAAGCCAUGAAGACUGGUGUAUUUGACAGAAUUCUGCAUGCUAUAAACUCUGCAAUAGAGGCUGAACAUGAUGUGAGAACAUUGGCAUAUUGGUUGUCCAACUUAUCUGCAUUAACAGUUCUCCUUCAACGAUCAUUCAAAACUACUAGGACCGCACUCUCAACCCCGCAAAGGCGAAGAUUUUCGUCUGAGAGGACAUUUCAUACAAGUCAAACUUCAAAUGCUGGGCUUGCUUAUCUCGGCGGGCAAUCAGUUGUUGGAGCUACCGGAUUACCCCAAGUUGAAGCAAAAUAUCCAGCUUUGCUCUUUAAACAGCAGCUUGUGGAUCUAAUUGAGAAGGUUUACGGUAUGAUAAGUGACAGCGUGAAGAAGGAACUAAACCCUUUACUUGAAUUGUGCAUCCAGGAUCCACGAACUUCUCACUCAAAUCUGGCAAAAAGCAAUACAAAUGGCUUGGGACAACAGAACCAAUUAGCACAUUGGUUAAACAUCGUGAAAGUCCUCGCCAACUAUUUGGAUGUAUUAAAGGCGAACCAUGUCCCAUCAAUUUUGGUGCAUAAAUUGUUCGUACAGAUAUUUUCACUGAUUGAUGUUCAGCUAUUUAACAGGCUCCUUUUGCGGCGUGAGUGCUGUUCAUUUAGCAACGGGGAAUAUGUCAAAGCUGGACUAGCUGAGCUAAAACACUGGUCUGAUAAUGCUACUCGAGAGUUUGCAGGUUCGGCCUGGGAGGCAUUGAAGCAUAUCAGACAGGCUGUUGAUUUCUUGGUGCGCGUUCUUUUUAACUUACUGAAUAUUAGUUCCCCAAUAGUGUUUUAUUCACAAAUACAUUUUAUUCCUAUUUUUCACUUUUGCCAGGUGAUUUCUCUUAAGCCAAUGAGAACACUAAGAGAGAUACGUGCUGAUGUGUGCCAAGCCCUCAGCAUACAGCAGCUAGAGCGCAUAGUUGGUAUGUACUUGGAUGACGUCAAUGGUUCAAACACUAUUUCAGCAGAGUUCGCAUCAAGCUUGAAAGCUGCAGCGCGUGAGGAAGCAAAUACUGUCACAACUUUCUCUAUACUGCUAGAUGAUGAUUCUAGUAUACCUUUUUCACUCGAUGAUAUUACAAAGACAAUGCCAAUCAUUGAGAUGGCUGAUGAUGACUUGCUACGGUUUGUCCGUGAAAACCCAGGCUUUGCGUUUUUGUUGCAAAGAGGGGAAUAGUUAUUUUUCUCACUGUGGAGCCUUCGGCAGCUGUGGAUAAACCAGGAGUUCCUGUUUGUAGGUUGUACAGUAUGCGUGAUUCUUUUUAUACCAGAUAGCAAGCCAUUGAGGAGUAGUUCCUAGGAGAGCUUAGGUAUCUGAUUUCGAUUGAUUGGUUCGUUGAUUGUAAAUUUGUGUCCAGUUUUUCAUGCCAUGUUUUCUUUUCAAUUAUGUUGGGCUUGUAUACCAAGGGGACAAGGGAAAAGUCCCUGUAUAAGCUUAGUAUAAUACAAAGUUUUGCUGUAAUUAGUGAAGCUGUACGUGUGUUGUAAAUUGUUACAGAAAAUGAGUUCUGCUGGUAUAGAAUAAUGGCAUUGUGGUUGGCUUGUUUGUGCCUUCAA